CGACCAACCGCCAAGGAAUUAUUGCGACAUCGUUUUAUAAAAUCUGCUCGUAACACUACACAAUUACAAGAAUUGAUUGAACGAUAUAGUAAUUGGAAAUCUAAUGGCGGAGAAAGGGCUGAAUCUGCGUCUCAAAAAACUAAGACUAUUAAUUAUGAUACAUCAAGCAUUAUUUGGGAUUUUGGCACAAUAAGGAAAGUACAUCAAGAUGGCACUAUUCGAUUGGACCAUAUGACAUUGAAAGAAUUGAGAAGAUUGGAGCGUAGUUCAUCUCGUGGGAACGCUGAAGUUAAUGCUUUAGGUAUCACAGAGGCGCAAACUGAACAAGCCACUACGAAUAAUAAUAGCAAUGGCACAACAAAUUCUAUAAAUAUAAUGAAUGGAGAACCAUUUAGUAUCGCUGACGCUUCUCUUUCAAGGUUUUCUAGAAACAUUUCGAUCGUUGAACCAGUGACAGAAGAAGGGGUCGUUGGAAGACAACUCGUAAAUGACAUCAUCCUUCCGUCUGUAGCAAAGAUCAAAUCAAAUGAUCUGAGAGCGAAUGAGAUUGAAGCCUUGAGUAUAUUUGAAAAUAGUGUUGAGGAGCUGGAUCGUGUUAAUCCUGAUUUGGUUCUUACAACAUUAGUAGAAAUAUUAACCCGGCUAAAAACCAAUGUUGAAUUAUGUGAAAAAUUAUCGGAUCUGGGUGUUGUUUCUGAUGCAUUUUUAACAACUCCAGAAUUAGUGCUAGAUGCAGGUUCGUCGUCCUCAUCCGAUCAAAAUUCGUCUAAAAAUUCGGCUGAUACACCCGUAGAAGAGACUUCACCAAAGUCCCCGAUCUCUGAAAUGUUAUAUAUUAGAUGGAUUGAACAAUUAAGAUUGAAGUGGCCUAUAAGUUUUGGAUCCAGUGGUAUGAAGAAGAAAGCAAAGACAAGUGUUUCUGAUAAAGCAAAGUCAAGAGUAGACCGCAGAGUGGUGACAGAAUCACGACAAAGGGAGUAUCCCGCACUUCCUUUAUCAAGCAUCAGAGCAAAGUCGUUGAAUGACUAG